AUGUUUCGCUUCCAUAAAACCCUCGACAUCGUCACGCUCUUCCAGAAGACGGGCUCGCCGGCUUCAACGCGCAUCGCCAAUGCCCUGAAGCAGGCCUCGGCCAAUGCCUCGACAGAGACCACCAUCGACCAGGCCAGCAGCACUUCAGCCCAGGACGCUCCCAAGCGCGAUCCCUUUGAGCUCAACAUUACCGAGGAACCCCCCACCGAGGACCAGGUGCAGACCAUUCUCGGAUACGUUGGCCAGGGAGGUAUCUCUCGCAUCAUCAAGGACGCACGAGAUGAGCAGGAUGCCCUCAAGAAGUUCAAGCUUAACAAGGACAGCCUCCUCAGGCCGCUGGUUGUCGACUGGAACCAGGGUAAGGCCAUCUCUGGAGAAAACGAGUCAGAGAUUCUGAAGCUGCUCAACUCCCAGAAGUAA